AUUAUUUUGUGCAAAUUUAUAUAAUUUUUGUAGUUUUGUUUUGUUUUUCUCUAUUAUAAAACUUUUUGGGGUUUUAUGAAAACGCUGAAAUAUAAGUUAAAUAUGGUAUGCUUCCCCUAAUUUUUGGAGUUAUUUUUGGUAGAAACCUUUUGAAAAAUGGUUUGAGAUCACUUUGUUUCUCUAUGUGGAAAAUGAUUCGUAUUCUAAAAUUUUUUGUAUUGAAAAAUUUUUGGUUAGGAUGCUUUGAAAACUAAAUAUGAACAAGCGUCGAGUUUGGAGCAUUUAAAUGAAACGGACAAGUUGAACAUGCCCGUGACAGAAGACACUGAAAUUGUGGUGGUCAGUAAUACGGUACGUCAACGCAGAGCUAGAACACCCUCGUCGAACGAAACUGUUCAAUCUAAAGACAACAUGCAGUCGUCACCAACAACUCAGAAUUUACAGGUGGGUUGUGUUGAAAAUAACAUUGAAUGUCAACAACAACAAGCACAAGUAUUGCCAGAUUUGUUGCCACCACAAACGUUCCGUUUAGCUGAAACGAGCGCUCUCUUCUCACAGAUCUCCAAGAAUCCCCAAACAGCCACCGAAACAGCAGCGAAUAGUAACGUAAAUGGCCAAAAAUUGCCACUGAAGCGCAAAAAUGCUGAUCCUCAAGCGCAAAUGGUCGAAGUCAAAGUGAAAAAUAUAAAUAACAAUAAAAUGUCGGUGCACAUAACAAACGACCUUGAACCGCAGCAAGGAGAGAUUGUCGAUACCGUUAACAUAUUAGAAAGCGUAGAGCCAUUCGUUCCCGAAUAUGUAGAGACCGUACAAAUUAUAGACGUCUCUGAAGAUUCAGAUUCCUCUGUGCGUCUGGAUGCUGAGGGGCGUGAGUUAAAAAAAUCGAAAAGCAAACGAUCUUUAUGUGAAAGUCCUCGAACACCGCUUAUAGAAGAGUCAGAGACGGAGAAAGAGUCAGGAGUUGAGCUACGGCCUCCGGAUGCCAAUAACUCUAGCACACCGAUCUUGCGGGUAGAGAAACAACGAAUUUCUUUCGAAGAAAAGCGCAAACGUAUGGAAAGCGAACGUGAUAUUUUAAGAGAUUCGGAAGAAGAAACGGAUAUGCCUGCAACCAGCACGCCAAGCUAUGUAAAACCAAAAGUGAAGCGUUGGCGUCAAUUACAUGCGGCCACGGAUGAGUUGGAUAAUAACAUGAUGGACGCCAUGGUUCGAGAUAGUUUCUAUAAUCCAGACAAAGAAUUAAGUUUUGAUGUAGAGCCUUUGGUAUUCUCCGAUGAUGAGGAUAUACCAAGGUUUUCAAUGGAAAUGACUCAACCCAUUGACUCCGAUAGUGAUACGAGCCGCAUUGAAACACCAUCCGCCAAGAAGCCCAACACAUUCAUCAAUAAAAUUUUGCCACAAUCUCCUUCACUGGACGAUUCCAAUCUUUCCCUAAAAAGCGCUCUCACCGAACUAACAAACACAAAACAAUUGCUGAGUUUAGAGCAAAGAGUUUUGGAGUUUGAGAGCAAAGCAAAAAACAUGAUCCAUCGUCUCGAAAAGACGAAAGAAAAAAUCGAAAAAUGCUGUGAAGGCGAAAGAGCUGUAGAAGACUUAAAAAUGCUUAUAGCUCCUGAUGCUGCGACUCUAAUAUCGCAGGGUGAUUCCCUGGUCUUGGAGACUCACGGCAAACAGGGUAAUAUCUCUCGGGUAGUUAUGAAAAAUCAAAUUAUUUUAAGGGAGAAAUUUCGUGAGGUGCAACAAACAAAACCUAAAGUUCCUGUUAGUGAUAGCUUAACAUUGACCUCUCAAACCUCUCGCUUGGACGGUAAUAGUUUAAAAAAUAUUAAUUUAGAGGAGCUGAUCUCAAAGGGUUUGAAACGUAUUAACGAUCUGAUAGAAAAGCCUGUGGAAAGCAAAUCAAUUACGGAAUUGGAAAAAAGAUUAUCUGAAAUUAAUGAUCGCCGUGACGAUUUAAAAUUGAUUGUCAACGCUAUUGGCAAAAGUGAACAAAUGCCAAAGGUUAGCUGCACCAUGAUGAAUGAUAUCGAACAGAUCAAAAGCAAUUUACAAAACCAUGCCGAUCAGAUUGAAUUGUCGCUAACAGAACUGAAGUCACUGUCCAAGCUGAACAAAAGUCUAAAUGUUGGUAAAGAUUACAUCGACGAACCCAGUGGCAGCGGCGCUUUGGCCGGAGGGUUCGAUAAAUCGGUCUUACAAAUUUCAGAUUGGUUGACGUGGGAACAGAACAUGAUUAAAAUACAAAGUGUUCCCGUCGAUAAUAUCGACGCGAUACGUAUGGCCAUUGAGAAGCAAGAGAAGAUUUUACGUGAGUUGAAAACGAAGAAACCGCAACUCAAUGAAUUGGUUCAUACAGCCGAAAUAUUGAAAGGCGAUGUGAAACGUCAGCAGUUGCAAGAGAAGGGUAAGUGAGCUAGAAAUAAAAAAAAGCUGCCUUUUCUUCUUUACAUUUCUCUAUGAAAGUUUUUUGUGAUCUUAAAUAAUCAUUACAUAUGUAUCUGUGUGUGUCGACAUGAAAACAGAAAAUAGAACAUGAGUGACAUUAUUGUAAAUGAAAAAUCAACUAGAACACACACAUACAUACACACACAUACAAACACAAAAGAAUAAAAAAUAAAACAAUAAAUGUUAAAUACCACCGCCGCCACCAUUGCUGCGCUGUACACUUUACGUCUUUAUAUGAGUGGAUGUGGGCAAAGUUCAAAAACACAAGUUUGACACUU